AUGAAUAAGGGAGUAGUGAUAUUUUUAAAGGAGGAGCGCUUUGUGAACCAGCUGAUUGUCAGUGGGGUGACAAUAGGCGGAGAGUACUUGCAGGUGUCGCCGCUUGCGGUGCCCUCCACCCGGGUUAUUGUCUCCGGCGUGCCGCCGUUCAUUCCCAAUGUUUUGGUGGAGAAAGAGCUCCAGCGCUUUGGGAAACUUGCGAGUGGUUUUAAAACUGUUGGUUUGGGAUGUAAACAUGACAAACUGAAACACGUUCAGUCUUUCAGGAGGCAGGUUUUUAUGUUCCUAAACUCUGCUACAGCGACGCUAGAAGUUUCUUUCAGAGUGAAAUAUGCAGAAGGAUCUUACAUGGUUUAUGCGAGUACUGGGAGUAUGAAAUGCUUUGAAUGUGGGGAUGUUGGACAUAAACGGGCUUCUUGCCCGCACAAGAAUCAGGAAGCUCAGGUUGAGGUGAGCGGAGGUGCAGAGGAGUCGCCGGUGGUUGGAGCUCCUCCGCCUGCUGAGGGCGGGGCGUUUCCUCCAUCAGCUGGAUCUGAUGCUGGGGAGGGAAGCAGUGGUCUGAAUAAACGUGCUGCAAGGGAGAAUACUGAGAAAACUGGAACCGAUACUCCCAAGGACUCCUUAGAUGGGAGCAAGCUAGAUGUAGAAACGGAUCAGACGGCUGGUUAUGUUGCUGCCGAGGCUGCAACGUCACCUGAAGGUGGCGCUGCAGAGGAUCAGUCUGCAGAUUCACCUGCACAGUUCCUUCAAACUGUGCCAGCACCUGGGCCGUGGAGUGGCCGAGCCGAGCCGAGGUGUGACGUGCAGGUGGAGUACGAUGGCCUGACGGGGCGAGUGGAGUUCAACAGCAAAGGUCAGAGAACCAACUACACCCUGCGGAUCCUGGAGAAACACAGAGGAGGCCACAAAGAGAUUGGGAUCUGGUACUCCAACAACACUUUGGCAAUGAACUCCACCAGUUUGGAUAUUAAUGUCUCAGAGACGCUGGCGAACAAGACCUUGAUUGUCACCACCAUCCUGGAGAACCCGUAUGUGAUGCGCAAGGACAAUUACCAGGAUUUCGAGGGAAACGAGCAGUACGAGGGUUUCUGUGUUGACAUGCUGAGGGAGCUGGCAGGCAUCUUAAAAUUCUCCUUCAAGAUCAAGCUGGUGGAUGAUGGGCUGUAUGGGGCCCCGGAGCCCAACGGCUCUUGGACCGGCAUGGUUGGAGAGCUGAUCAACAGGAAAGCGGACCUGGCCGUGGCAGGCUUCACCAUCACAUCAGAGAGGGAGAAAGUUAUCGACUUCUCUAAGCCUUUCAUGACCCUGGGGAUCAGCAUCUUGUACCGAGUUCAAUUGGGUCGGAAGCCAGGCUACUUCUCCUUCCUGGAUCCUUUCUCUCCAGCUGUCUGGCUCUUCAUGUUACUCGCCUACCUGGCUGUCAGCUGCGUGCUCUUCCUGGCAGCAAGGUUGAGCCCCUACGAGUGGUACAACCCUCAACCGUGUCUGCGGGAGCGCAGGGACAUACUGGAGAACCAGUACACACUGGGAAACAGCCUGUGGUUCCCCAUCGGCGGCUUCAUGCAGCAGGGAUCAGAGAUAAUGCCCAGAGCCUUGUCCACCAGAUGUGUCAGCGGUGUGUGGUGGGCGUUCACGCUCAUCAUCAUCUCCUCCUACACGGCCAACUUGGCAGCCUUCCUGACCGUUCAGAGGAUGGAGGUUCCCAUCGAGUCUCCAGAUGAUUUGGCUGACCAGACCAACAUCGAGUACGGCACCAUUCAUGGAGGAAGCACCAUGACUUUCUUCAUGAACUCUCGGUACCAGACGUACCAGCGGAUGUGGAACUACAUGAACUCCAAACUGCCCAGCGUUUUUGUGAAAAGCACAGAGGAGGGCAUCGCCCGUGUUCUCAACUCCAAGUACGCCUUCCUGAUGGAGAGCACCAUGAACGAGUAUCACCGCGGCCUCAACUGCAACCUCACACAGAUAGGAGGACUGCUGGACACCAAGGGCUACGGCAUCGGCAUGCCGCUAGGAUCUCCAUUCAGAGAAGAGAUCACGCAGGCCAUCCUCCAGCUGCAUGAGAAUAACAGGCUGGAGAUUCUGAAGAGGGGGUGGUGGGACGGAGGCCAGUGUCCCAAAGAGGAGGACCACCGUGCCAAGGGUCUGGGCAUGGAAAACAUUGGGGGCAUCUUCGUGGUGCUGAUCUGCGGCCUCAUCAUCGCCGUGUUUGUGGCUAUUAUGGAGUUUGUGUGGUCGACGCGCCGCUCGGCAGAGACUGAUGAGGUGUCUGUCUGUCAAGAGAUGAUCACCGAGUUCAGAAACGCCGUCUCCUGUAAGAAGAGCUCCCGCAUGCGCCGCAGACGACCCCUGAGCAGCUCGGCGGCCCUGCGACACCCGACCCGCAUCGCGCUCGGAGCGCCCCGGCCGCUGCGCCUGGUCCGGGAGAUGCGGCUCAGCAACGGGAAGCUGUACAGCGGCGCCGGCCCCCUGACCGGUGGGGCGGGAGGGACAGGACUGCCCGAUCUGGGCCCCGGGCCCCAAAGGAUCCUAGAUGAUCCGCUCGGAGCGAACACCACCCCGCCUCCGCCGGCCCCCACGCCUGUGAUGCUGCCCGCCCGCAGCUGCAGCCACGUGAGGAUCUGCCAGGAGUGCAGAAGGAUCCAGAGCCUGAGAUCCGGUAGCUGUUUGGGGUCGGCGUCCACAAGGAUACCGCCCUCCUCCGCCCCGCUGCCGAGGCUACCUCCGCCCCCACCGCCGUCCUCAUCCAACACAGACAGUGAGGGCGGAGGGGGGACCAGUCCGAGGCGGCAGCAGCAGCAGCGCCACAGCCCUCCGCCUCCGUCACCUCGCCGCGUUCCCGCCCCCCCACAGAGCAGCAACAACACGGACCUGCUGGGAGACCAAGAGGGAGUGUAGGAGCGCUGGGUGGGUGAGAGACUCGCAGGAAUGGGUGAGGAGGUGGAGGAACACAAACUGUAAGUUUCUCCGGUUCACCCCGAGGCGUACAGAUACAGAACCGACUUUGUGAUGGUCAAAUAUUAGGCUGCUGUUUUUGGCUCAGAUGGAAAUUUUGGACAAAUCUGAGAGGAGCUGCAUUUUCCUGAUGGAUGAUUUUCUCUCCUCUCGCAUCUCCUUCAGACUACGAAGUUCUGGGUUUCUUUUCCAGAGACUCUGCCGGAGGCUAACUCGCCCUUUUAGUAAAACUGAAGCCGAACAGGAGGCUUAAAAACAGCAACAACAAAAAAAAAGACUUCCAGAGAAUUAUUUACUGUUUUUUUCUUUUGUUGUCUUUGUUUUGUUACCAUUGUUCUAAGUGGGAAUAAAUACAGACUAUGUGUAACA